AUGGAUUUUAAGAAUGAAUUACGUAGUAUAAAAAAGUGCUAUUGGGAAGUUGUAGAUUUAAUCCAAAAACUUGGAAGAAUUUCAGAGUUUUCAGGAGAAAAUCUAGAGAAAUUAGGAUUAGAAAUUCGAGUAAAGUUAAAACAGACGGAGGCUAUGCUUGAGAAACUUUUUGUUAUGUUAGAGGAUCUUGAAGAUGAAGAAAUAAAAGCAGAAUAUUUGGAAAUAUGUAAUAAAUUAAAAGAUGAUUUAAAAAUAUCUAGGCAAGAUUUCCGAAAAGCUUUAUUAAAGUUGAAUCAGAACAUGCAUUUAAAAAAUCAAAAGGAUCGGGAGCAAUUAUUAGGAGAUGCAAAAGAACGAGCAACUAUAUUACAAAAAAGGACAAAAGAUAUGAAAGAAUCUUCAUAUGGAGAUAGAGCAGUAAAUGCUUCAUCAAAUGUUUUAUCUGCACUCAUAGAGCUUCACCAAUUGAUGGAAUCUGAAAUGUCACGAUCAGCAGUAACUUUAGAAGAGCUUGAAUCAUCAUCUAAUACUCUUCAAUCUUUACAAGAAAAUUAUUUAACAUUUGGUACAUUACUUACAAAAUCACGAAAACUUCUUUCAGAACUUGAAUAUGCAAAUAAAUUUGAUAGAUUUUUAAUUAUUUUCUCUCUAAUAUUCUUUCUUCUUGUAGUUGGAUGGAUCAUAUAUAAAAGGCUUUUACGUCAUUUAAUUCAUACCAUAUUUUGGAUAUUUUUUGUCAAAUUAAGAGAUUUCAGUAAAAAAGUAAUUAUAAAAAUAUAUUACGGAUCCUUAGAAAAUUAUAAUGUUGAUUCUUUAAAAUUCAGUACAUCUAAUCAAAAGAAUCUUGUAAAUAGUACGUUUUUGCAUGAUGAAAUUUAA